GGAGCAGCCUCCUGUCGGGGCCCUGCCCGGCCUCGCUCCGCCCGGGUGCCGGUGCGCGGAGGGCUGCGGGAGGUGUCCGUCGUGGGGGGACUCCGCCGUCCCUCGGUCGCGUCAGGCCGCUAGAGGACGGGCGUUGGGUCCUGGCCCGCACCGCAGCCUCUCGUUGAGCCUCUCGUUUUACGGGAGGCUGAGGGCCGGCUCGGAGCUGCUGGAGCACCGGGUUGUGUCUUGUUGCCGGUCCCCUCGAGUUGGUGCAAGUUAUGGAUCCAAGCUUAUUGAGAGAGCGAGAGCUGUUCCGAAAGCAUGCCCUCUCCACGCCAGCGGUGGAGAAACGCCCGGCGCCAUCUGCCGAACCCUCGGGCUCAAAAAAGAAGAAAGUCAAGGUAGAGCAAAGUGGUCCAUCGAGCUCAAAACAGAGCUCAGAUCACAGUAAUGGCUCAUUUAAUUUGAAAGCCCUUUCUGGAAGCUCUGGCUACAAGUUUGGAGUCCUUGCAAAAAUAGUGAAUUACAUGAAGACUCGGCACCAGCGUGGUGAUACGCAUCCGUUAACUCUGGAAGAGAUUUUGGAUGAAACACAGCAUUUAGAUAUCGGACUCAAACAGAAGCAAUGGUUAAUGAAUGAGGCACUAGUCAACAAUCCGAAAAUAGAAGUUAUAGAUGGGAAGUUUGCUUUCAAACCCAAGUACAACUUGAAAGAUAAAAAGGCUCUGCUUAGGCUCUUGGACAAGCAUGACCAGCAAGGGCUGGGAGGAAUCUUUUUAGAGGAAAUUGAGGAAGGGCUGCCCAAUGCACAUAAAGCUAUAAAGGCUUUAGGGGACCAGAUUCUCUUUGUUACUCGCCCUGAUAAGAGGCAACUUCUUUACUACAAUGACAAGAGCUGUCAUUUCUCUGUGGACGAAGAGUUUCGGAAGCUGUGGAGGAGCAUUCCCAUGGAUUCUAUAGAUGAGGACAAAGUUGAAGAGUACCUGAAACGACAGGGUAUUUCUUCCAUGCGAGAAGCUGGACCGAGGAAAAUAGCUCCUGCUCAGAGGAAGAAACCCACUUCUCAGAAGAAACGUCGAUUUAAGACUCACAAUGACCAUUUGGCUGGAGUCUUAAAAGAUUACUCUGAUGUCACUUCUGGCCAACAGUGACUGGCUGAACUUUGAAGCAAACAGACGUUUUUCUACAGGCUUUUUGCCACCCAGGCUCAGCGACUGCUUGCAGAAAGACUGACUCUGUAUAGUAAUGUGAUGUGUUUCCCUCCUCCCAGUGACUGCCGAGAUGGAGCAGAUCAGUUUAAGAACAAGUUUGGACUACUAAAUUUAGAGUUUAAUUUAAUUAGCUAAUUGGAAACGUGUCUUCAAAUAAAAGGUUCACUCGAGUUGCCUCUUGGCAUAGAGUGAUAAAUGGUGCUCAGCAUGAAAUACAGGAGUUCCUGUUCAUUGCAUAACUCUGCUUUUACGUUGCUUAAUGGGUGUUUACCUGGAAUUACUUAAGAGGGGCUUUCUUGUAGAAUUGAAUACAGCAUUGUUGUACCUAUUUCAGGGAAACCUAUUCCCAAAAUCACUGCAGGCAAGUUUUACGGUCAAAUAUAACCACAGUUUGUAUGUUCCUGCCUUGCUAAGGAGUUGAGCUUUACCGAACUGAUGGCACCUGUGGCUUGGACUUAGAGCAAACCCUUUCCUGAACUUCAGGCAAGCUGCAGUGGGGGGGGGGGGGGGAGGAGCACCACAGCUGCUGCUUCACAGUGCUCAUCAGAAAUUGCCCUUAGCUAUUUCUCUUCACUGUAGAGAAUGCACCUGUGUUACACAGGCAGUUUCUCCUCACUGAAGUGGAUGCACCUGUGUUGCACAACUCUGCUGGUGGAUGGGGGAAAAUAAAUUGACAGUGUAAUACUGCAACUUUUUUCUUUUUUUUAAGUAAUAAACUUACAAUGCUGGUUU